AUGAGGUGGCGAAGCGUAUGGGCUGCAGACGCGAAUCACGAUGGCUCACGCUUGGUGGUCGCGGUGCCCCUCGAUGAGGAGAUCUCGUCCGCGGUGAUGGUUGGUAGCGGCGAGAUGGGGCUCUUAAGUGGGGAUAGUGGCGGUCGAUUGGUGCGGCGGCUUGGUGGAGACUGGGUUAGGGUGCGGUCGCGACCGCUGCUAGGGCUGGGAGGCACGGCUGAGGUGCGACGGUUUGGGUGCGAUUCUGACGCGGGGGAUUUGGUGAGUGGUUUGGUGAAGGCGGAAUGGGUUGUUACGUUUAGGAAUGAAGAACAAAUUGAUUCGCCGGAUCAAAAAGCCGUUUUCGUGUUCAGUUCUCCAAAUCACCAACCCUGUGUGGACGUGCGUGAGGAAUAUGCAAACGCAUUUCGAACGGAAUCAUACACUGAGUUUUGGACACGUGUCCUUGCCUAUUCCAAGAACGAUUCAUCUUCUUGUUUGUCAAGAGAGUCCACCACCUCGGCCCGUCUCCCCUCGUACCGUUUGUUCGCGGAGCAUCUAUUGGACCCCGAUCAGCCCACGGUCACUCGGGCCCUAUCCCUGGCCCAUUGUAGGCCCAAGGUCCACUCUCUACUUUCAGACUAUUUCUCACAUACUGCCAAUUCUUCUAUUCUUUUUAGCCACCUAUUAAAAGACAUUGAUCUUGUGCGUCUGAAGUAUACAGCGCUUAAAACCAUUCUUCAAUGUGUUCCAACUAAUCAAAUCCCUUCACCAAUGGUUAUAACCCAUUUAACUGAAUUUUCAAACUUUUCCAACCUGUUUACCUCAUCGGGUCAAGUUCGGGCCAAACAGUAUCAAUGCUUCAACUUGCAAAAACGGCUCGAGUCAAGCCGCGACAAGGCACAAGCCAAGCUACAACUAGCAGCUAAAAUAAAAUGUGGCUCGGCUUGUCUAGUUGCGGCUAUAACGGCUUCACUUGUUGUUAUUACUAUCUCUCAUGGCCUUGCAUUGAUUAUGGCUAUGCCUGGAUUGGCUUCAAUGAAUUUGGGUUCGAAAAGGAAGUUGGCUAAGGUGGCGGCUCGGCUCGAUGCAGCCGCGAAAGGAAGUUUUAUAGUGAAUAAGGAUUUGGAGAUGACAAGUCGGCUUGUGGCUCGGCUUAAUGAUGAGCUAGAAUACAUGAGGAGAAGAGUGAAAAUUUGGGUUGAGAGAAGGGAGAAUAGAGUUGAAGGCAAUGAUGUUGUGCAGUUGUUGAAGAAGAAGCAUUGUAGUUUCAGUGAGCAAUUGGAUGAAUUGGAAGAACAUUUAUAUUUGUGUUUCAUGACUAUUAACGGGGCUAGAGACCUUGUGCUAAGUCAAAUUAGUGAUUGA